UGACUUGACGGCGGCGUUGCUUCCCUUUGUCAGAGCAUUGACUUCCGUUUUCAUGUUUGCUCCAGGUUUCUGGAAAUUACUGUCUGCACCGACUCUCAGCUGUCUGUCGCUUCUACAAACAGCAGCCGCACUUUAGCGUUUCCCCCAAGGAGCCGCUCUCAGGUCCUCCGUGUCCGGCUGCUCGGAGUUUGGAUCCGUUUUUCAGUUCGAUCCUCGAUAUUACGCGACUGUUUACCUUGCUAGCUGGCUAGCAUCAGCCAGCUGAGUUAAAUCACCGAGCAUGUUUCGGUUCUUGAACGACGUCGAUGACGACCCGUACAUGAUUUUAUCGUCCCCAAUGGAUCCAUUUGCAGCUCACAGGCAGCAGAUGAGAAGCAUGUUUGGACCGUUCGGCAUGGACCCUUUUCAGCUUGCUCCACAGAUGCAGCCGCCCCGAGCGCCACGCAGACAGGCUGGUCCAUUGGCUCCGUUCGGCAUGAUGGGAAUGGGUGGAGGGUUCAUGGAUAUGUUUGGCAUGAUGGGAGAAAUGAUGGAGAACAUGGAACGAAUGACCGGGACACCGAACUGUCAGACGUUUUCCUCCUCAACAGUGAUCUCGUAUUCCUCUUCAGACAUCGGAGCUCCUAAAGUUUAUCAGCAGACCAGUGAAACAAGAACAGGCCCCGGAGGGAUCCGCGAGACGCGGCAGUCCAUGAGGGACAGCGAGAGCGGCCUGGAGCGCCUCGCCAUCGGCCACCACAUCGGAGAUCGGGCGCACAUAAUGGAGCGCUCGCGGAAUCGUCGCACCGGGGACCGCGAAGAGCGGCAAGACUUCAUCAACCUCGACGAGAGCGAGGCUGCAGCGUUCGACGAGGAGUGGAGGUGUCAGACGGGAAGGUACGCCCCCCCCAACGCCCGCGGGCUGGACUACGGCCGCGAUCGACGAGCGGGGGGCCAGCAGCUGGCGCUCACUGCCCCUCCCAGCUCCACGCCCCCACCAGGCCGACACGAGUCCCCCAGACACCGCCAGCCCCCCACCCGUCCACGCUACGACUGGUGAGAAGCUGUCCGACUGGUUGAGGCGACUGGAUGGAUGGAGCCGAGGAUCGAUUCCCCCGAUGCUGUGAACAUGCUAAAGACGGACGCCCGCCCGUCGUAAAUGUUUGAUAUGACUGGACUGUGUAUACAUGAGCAACAUAUAACACACACACACGCACACACACACAGACACACACAUCAUUCACUUAGUAGUUACAUUUGCAGUUCAGCUUCUUUACUGUUAAACACACACACACACAAAUACACACACACAAAUGCAUACACACAGCAUCACUAAACACUCAUUCUCAGAACUUGACAUUUGUCUUUGGCCACUGCACUAAAGUGCUACAGUAUACAGUGCAUCUGCUGUACAGUCCAUUUAUGUUUGUGAAGACACUAGUGUGUCAGUGAUUUGAAUUGUAUACUGUUAUCUAAUUAAUCUAACUCAAUAAAAGUUCAUUAAACAUUGUUAGAUAAUUAC